GUCUGUGUUGGUUAAGGUGUUGGUAAAGCCUCUAAAUUAUUUUAUAAAGAAAUCGAUAUUGUUAUCGAUAUUCAUAUCAAUGUGGCUCCCAUCUCUAAGCCUCUCUUUUUGAUUCGACAUCGUUAAAAAAAGUGCAGACUAACAGCCGUGUAGAUAGUCCACGAACAUGUCGCGUUUCUUUGCCAACGGGUCCGACUCGGAGUCCGAGUCCAGUGAGGAGGAGGUCCAAGCGACGAACUUCAACAAAGCCAGCGCCUUCCAAUUCAGUGACGAUGAGGAGGAGGUCAAGCGUGUGGUACGCUCCACCAAGGAGAAGCGCUACGAGAACCUCACCAACAUCAUCAAGACCAUCCGCAACCACAAGAAAAUCAAGGAUAUACCCAACACCCUCUCCAGCUUCGAAGAUUUAACGAAAGCCUAUACAAAGGCUCUUCCUGUAAUUUCCAAGGAGGAGAACGGCAUCACCCCCCGUUUUUACAUUCGAUGCCUUGCCGAGCUGGAGGACUUCAUUAACGAAGUGUGGGAGGACCGCGAGGGCAGGAAGAACCUGUCCAAGAACAACUCCAAGUCGCUGGGAACACUGCGCCAAAAAGUGCGCAAGUACAUCAAGGAUUUCGAAGACGACCUUUCCCGCUUCCGCGAGGCACCCGACCAGGAGAGCGAAGCUGAGGAUGAGGAGGCUGCCCAAGACAGCGACGGCGGCGAUGCGGGCGACGAUAGCGACGCUGGGAUCAAGCGAGAACCGGCUGAAGCCGCUCCUAAAGUAGCCAAAACUGUCCCUGCCAAGGCUGCACCUGCCGAUGACGAUGAUUCGGAUGACUCCAUCGACUGGGACUCCGAUUCGGAGACUGAAACUGAGUCUUCCGACGACGAGAAUCAAUACCAGAACAUGCGCGAACGCUUCUUGAAGCGCACUACGGAGAAGGAGGAGAAGGACGAUGAUAAGCGCAAGGACAAGCGUAAGGAGCAGAAGAUCAAGAUCCGCAAGCGCCCCGAGGACGAUGAGGAUGGUGAGUGGGAGACCGUAGUUAAGGGUCAUGUCGUGGAGAAGCCCAAAAUGUUUGAGAAAGACGCCGAAAUCGACAUUCCCCUGGUGCUCGCCAAGCUCGUGGAGAUUAUGUCUGCGCGUGGCAAGAAGCGCACCGAUCGCCGGCUUCAGAUCGACCUGUUGUUCGAGCUGCGCGACAUUUCCGAUCAGCAUAAUCUGGGCACAGCCGUCUCCGUGAAGAUCCACUUCAACAUUAUCUCAGCCAUUUUCGACUACAACCAGAAAAUUUCGGAGCCCAUGAAGCUGGAACACUGGGCCCUGCUCCUGGAAGUAAUGCAGAGCAUGCUGAAGCUCCUGCUGGUCAAUCCGGACAUCCACAUGAGCGAGAGCGUUGCCGAGGAGCAUGAGGAGCUGGCCACAUCGCCUUUCUAUGUGCGCGGUUGCCCACUGGCUGCCGUGGAACGUUUGGACGAUGAGUUCACGAAAUUGUUGAAGGAGUGCGAUCCCCAUUCGAAUGACUACGUGUCCCGCCUGAAGGACGAGGUGAAUGUCGUCAAGACCAUUGAGCUGGUUCUGCAGUACUUCGAGAACGAUGGAAAUAACAACGAACGGUGUCGCAUCUACCUGCGCAAGAUCGAGCAUUUGUACUACAAGUUCGAUCCGGAGGUCCUGAAGAAGAAGCGCGGAGAGAUUCCCCAGAACACUCAGACCUCUGUUGACGUGAUGGACCGCCUUUGCAAGUUCAUCUACGCCAAGGACGACACUGACCGCAUACGUACGAGAGCCAUCCUGGCGCACAUCUACCAUCACGCCAUGCACGACAACUGGUUCCAGGCUCGUGAUCUUGUACUGAUGUCCCACCUGCAGGACAACAUUGAUGCCGCAGAUCCCGCGACCCGCAUUCUGUACAACCGUAUGAUGGCCAACUUGGGUCUGUGCGCCUUCCGCCAGGAGAACAUCAAGGAUGCGCAUCAUUGUCUGGUAGAUCUGAUGGUUACCGGCAAACCGAAGGAGCUUCUCGCCCAAGGAUUGCUGCCGCAGCGCCAGCACGAACGCUCCGCCGAGCAGGAGAAGAUCGAGAAGCAGCGCCAGAUGCCAUUCCACAUGCACAUCAACCUGGAGUUGCUCGAGUGCGUGUACCUGGUGUCUGCCAUGCUUUUGGAGAUUCCCUACAUCGCUGCCCAUGAGUUUGACGCUCGCCGCCGUAUGAUCAGCAAGACCUUCUACCAGCAGCUGAGGUCUUCGGAGCGCCAAUCCCUGGUUGGACCGCCGGAGUCGAUGCGUGAGCAUGUGGUGGCUGCUGCCAAGGCGAUGCGAUGCGGAAACUGGCAGGCUUGUGCCAACUUUAUCGUUAACAAGAAGAUGAACACCAAGGUGUGGGACCUGUUCUACGAGUCGGACCGUGUGCGUGAGAUGCUGACGAAAUUCAUUAAGGAGGAGUCGCUGCGAACCUACUUGUUUACCUACUCCAACGUCUACACCUCGAUUAGCAUACCCUCGCUAGCCCAGAUGUACGAGCUGCCCGUGCAGAAGGUGCACUCGAUCAUUAGCAAGAUGAUCAUUAACGAAGAAUUGAUGGCCAGUCUGGACGACCCAACCGAGACUGUCGUUAUGCACCGCUCGGAGCCUUCUCGCCUGCAAGCCUUGGCCAUGCAGUUCGUGGACAAGGUCACCAAUCUGGUGGAUGUUAACGAGAAGGUGUUCGACAUGAAGCAGGGUAACUUCUUCCAGCGCGGCAACAUGGGCAACCGAGGCGAUCGCGGUUACAACCGGAAUCAGGACGGUAACUGGGGCGGACAGCUUCGGGACAUUAAGCGCAUCCGUGGCCAGCGCAUUCAACGCGGUCGUAAGCAUCAACAGCAGCAACAACAACAAGUCCAGACCAUCGACGAGGAGUAGACGCCAGACUAUCAUCCUGCUCCCGCCCUAAUCCUCUCCAGAGAGAGUUAGCUUGAAACAUCAACAAAACAAAUAAUCAGAACAAACUUGUA